AUGGAUGGCAGACCCAUUCGCGUACGUGGCACAGAGCUCAUCGUAAGGGUCCAGACUAGGAGUCGGAGCAUGCUUGUCAAAGGCGACGUAGAGAGAGCCUUUGGCCUCUUUUUUAUCUAUGCCAAUGCCCACCCUGCAGAACCCAUAGGAGAGGGACAUAUCCCAUACGUAUGGGGUGGUACCAAACUCUACGUGACCAACCCAUGCGGCGCUGUUUAUAACGCAAACCUUGCGAAGCGUUGUGGGCAGACUAUCGCUCAUUGGAUCACUCAAAAUGAUGCUUGGGGGACUCGCUCGUUCAGGAUUGAAAAUACCAGGCCCAUCCACGGACCUGCGCUCGUGGGGACUUUUCAGCUCGACCCGAAUCAUGGAUCGAGUGAAGGUGUGAACGAAGCCGCGAAUGUCGAGAAUGGGAUAUCAGCACUCGCCGUUCCAGCUUCAACGAACAAUUUGGACAUCAGCGGUGACAAUCUCGCAACAACGAAUGCCAGUGACACAGCGUCGGCAAAUGGAAGAUGUAUGGAUAUUGUUCAGGGGGAGAAUGGAAUCCUGAACUUCAAUUUUGGCCAAGCUCUUACUUGUGUGAAUGCCAUUGCAGAGUGGAACCAGAAGACAAAGGAUUAUGGAAAGCGGGUAUUCUCGGUAGCACUAAAGGACGAUACACGGAAAGACAUCUUUGCGAGACUCGCAUUUGAAAACGCGCUCUCCCUAGAGGUUUCAUAA